AUGAAGAAAAGUAAUAGGACUACCCAGAAUAGCAAAGAGCGAGUAAGCUCAGAAGAACAGUUACGUAAAAAAAAACAUUCUUUUUCACGUUCAUUCGGAGAAGGGAAGACGAAGCUGCCUACGACCAACAGCGCUCAGUUAAAAGAUAGAAAGAAACCUAGCUCAGGUUCUAUCAGUGGCUCAAGUAAGGUUCAAAAUUCUAAAGGACUCAAUGAAGGUAUAUCAGCCCAUAAUAUUUUUCUUGAAUAUGACAAAGAAAUAAAAAGCCCACACGUUGAUUUAGAAUCAAGGCAUAGUGAAGACGAAGACAGUAUAAUUACUUUAAAUGACACUUAA